CAGACGGGAGGGGAAACGCUUCCUUUGGACUCUUUAAUUAAAGAUAUUGGAAUGUAGGCUAGGAUAAGAAGUUGAGAAAGAGGAAGGACUCUGAGAAGAGUAUGUUGUAUAAGCCCAGGAGCAUAAGAACACCAUUUCCAGAAUGGUGGCCUUUUUAAAGAAAUGGUUCUGAAAUGUAAGAGUACCCAUAUUACUGGGAAGUUGUGUCAGCUUUUUGGAUGGACUAUCAGUGGUUCCCUUUGAGUCCCCUUUGGAGGAGAUAAAGCAAGUUGUAAAUAAACAUCAUAAUAAUAAUUCUGGCCAGAUCUUUCUCUUUUGCUGUUGUAGCUUCUCUUGUUGCCAAAGCAGUAAAGGGAGACAGCUUUAAUAAAAGAUAUUCGCUUAUCCAAGCUUCUGCCGGCCCGUUUAGCUUGGAUAAGUGAAACUCUACUGUACAUUGGAAGAAGACCCUGCUUAGCUUCCAAGACCAGGUGGGAUCUGGUGCUUUCAAGGCUCCUUCCAGUAUUCGCUCUGGGGCUGCCCCACAGCCAGGCUCCGCCUCUGCUUCUCGGAAAGCCAACACCCAGAGCUGAGAAUCGAAACUUCUCUGCCUGUUUCCGUUCCUGGUUCAGACCAAGGCAGCCAUGGAAGCGGAGGGUCCAGCUAAAGGGCUCUGCGAGGAAGCGACUUGUCCCCUUUGCCUGGACUUCUUCAAAGACCCAGUGACCAUAGACUGUGGGCACAACUUCUGCAAAAGUUGCCUGGCCAAGUGCUGGGGGGAGCCUGGCCCAGAGGCUUCCUGCCCCCAAUGCAGAGAAAAGAUUCCCCAGAGGACCCUCAGGCCCAACAGGCAGCUGGCCAACAUGGCAGAACUGGUGCAGAAACUCCAGGAAGGAGGAAGAAAGAAAGAAGGGAGGAGAGAUGCUUGCAAAAUGCACCAGGAGCCCCUGAAGCUCUUCUGCCGAGAGGACGAGGCCCCCAUCUGCACGGUCUGCGACAGAGCCAAGGAGCACCGAGGCCACAACGUGAUUCCCCUGGAAGAAGCCUUUCAAGAGUACAAGGAAAAAACCAAGCUCCAACUGGAAUCUCUAAGGAAAAAGAAGGAAGAGUUUAGGGACCAGCAAUAUGUUCAAGAACUAAGAAGGAAAGACUAUCAGACACAGUUAGACCUAGAGAAGAUGAAGAUCAAAUCCCUCUUUGAGGGAAUGCAGAGAUUUCUUGAGGAGAAGCAGCAUUUCUGCUUAGCUCAGCUAGAAGAUCUGGAGAAAGAGAUGGAGAAAAGGCAAGACAAAACCCUCACCAAACUCACUGAAGAGAUUUCCCAACUCACUUUGCUGAUCACAGAGAUGGAAGAGAAGUGUCUGCAGCCAGCCAGUGAUUUCCUGCAGAACAUCAGAAAUUCCUUGGUCAGAUGUGAGAAGAAUUUAGGAGGAUACGUGCCUGAUAUUUCUCCAAAUUUGAACGAAAGACUCAAAAUGACAUCUCAGAAGAUCUCUGCUUUACAAAAAGCCACAGAGUCUUACAAAGAAAGUCUGGAGGAAGCUCUGAUCAAGGCUGUUUGGGAGCAAACCGUCAAUACAGAUUCUUGCAUUCAAGCCCCAAAGAAAGACUCUCUCAGUAGAGCCCCAAACAGAGUGAACGUGACUCUGGACCCAGAGACAGCAUGUUCCAGGCUUAUUUUGUCUGAGGACCUGAAGAAUGUGAGAAUGUUAGGAUGCACUCCUCAUUCGUCUAACGUAUUUCCCCAGAAGGCCUUUGUUUUGGGUCGUGAGAGAUUCACUUCCGGAAGACAUUGUUGGGAAAUACGUGUUUCCUCAAACCAGUGGGCUGUUGGGAUCUCAAGAGACUCUGUCAGAAAGAAGGGAAGUAUCAACCCAAAUACAGAUGACUCAAUCUGGGCUGUAGGGGUAAAACCAGGUAGCUACUAUAGUUCUGAAGUUUGCAUUUUCCCUGAAGUAGGCUCUUUUUCUUUAAACAGAAUUAUCAAUCUGUUAUAUGUGGUCCUGGAUUACGAAGUGGGUCGGGUGGAAUUUUAUAACUCUAAAGAAUUCAUCUAUGCUUUCAGUUCAAUAUCAUUCUCUGGUGAGGAAAUCCGACCCUUUUUCUUUGUACCCAAUGAUGGAUCCCUGAAAUGCUGCUAAUCCUUGGGGAGAAUCAACCCUCAUCUACAGUCAUCAAAGUGCUCGCCAAGGCUUUCUUUGGGGCACCACACUGUCCAAACCAAAAGCAGGAGGAAGAGCUUCUAUUUCUUCAUCUUGAGGAUGAGGAUCUUUUAUCUGCAAAAAUGCAAAUACGAUGUUAGAAGACGCCUUUGGUUGCAGAUACCUUUCUUUCCAUUUGAGGGUUUGACUUCCCAUCUUCUGCUUUUUUAUUUUUGCCUCAUGAUGUUUUCAAAAGGCACAGGGCCCUCCACUGGGUUUGGAAAAAAAUGGGAAUCAGAGGAGAAAAUAUAGCUGCUCUUUUGCAAUAAAGAAAAUGAUAUGUAUAUUUAAACAUGUAACAUUUGCAAUGUUUUGGUAUAAAGGGCAUGGUUACUUUACAGCAUUGCAACCAAAUUGAACAGCUUGAAUUAAUAUCUUUAUUCCCAUAACUUCCUGUUUAUCUUCUUUCCUGUUUAUCUUAAUCACUGCACUUAGUCAUUAUUUCCCUGAUCUUAAGUCAUGUGUUUUCUAUUCUGAGUUGUUGUUUGUUGUUGCAGAUAUUUACUUCUUGGGUCUGCACCCCACCUUCCUCCCAGCUUACGGUAACUGAAAACAAGAUGUUAACAUUUGGUUUUACAAAUUGAAUUGUAUUGUGAAAAUGCUCCUGAAAUCUAAUUCCAAUAUACUGUAUAAAAGUUAAUAAAUACGGCAUACCACUCUG